CCUGCAGAACAGCUGACAACUGUUUGCUGUUGUGAUAUUUACUCCGAUAGCGCUUUAUUCGAUCCCCGAGUGAUUCAUCGCCAGGAAAAACCAUCACAGCAUCGUCAGUAGUAGAGAAACCAGGUCUAACUACGCACAAAAUUCCAAAAUGUUCAACAAUCUGUUCGGCAAGAAGCCCACGGUGAAGGAGCAGCAGCGGGAGAACGAUAAAUCGCUGCGCAAGGCGACCAGGGACAUCGAAAGGGAGCGCAGGAAAAUGGAGGAGGAGGAGCGCAAGCUGGAAUUGGAAAUCCGAAAGAAUGCAGCCGCCGGGAACAACGAUGCCUGCCGCAUUCUGGCCAAGCAGCUGGUGGAGAUCAGGAAGCAAAAGUCGCGCACCUACGCGGCGGCCGGAAAGAUCCAGUCCAUUGGCUAUCAGAACAAGAAUAUGGGCGCCAAUAUUGCGCUCAGUGAAGCCAUGGGCACCACGGCCAAGACAAUGGGCGAAAUGAACAAGGUGAUGCGACCGGAGGCCAUCGGGGAGACGGUGCGCCAGUUCCAGGCGGCCAACAUGAAGAUGGAGAUGACCGACGAGAUGAUAAACGACACCCUGGACGACAUGCUGAACGAGUCGGGAGACGAAGAGGAGUCUAAUGCGGUGGUGAACAAGGUUCUGGACGAGAUUGGCAUCGAAAUCUCGGGCAAAAUGUCCACUAUUCCAUCCACGGGAACCUCGGACUUCGAGACGAGUGGCAAGCGCACCGAAAAGGACAUUGCCGAUCAGCUGGCCAAGCUAAGAUCCUCGUAGUUAUAUCCAUUUUUGAUUAUAUUUUUGAACUCCGCUGUUAUCCAUAGAUCGUAAGACAAUAUAUUUAUGUACACCGCUUUACAAA